UUGCAAUCACAAACGUGACUUUUGGGGACCAACAAGCAAUCAGUGAUUCUAAUAAACACACUCUUCUCAUAUAUAUAUGCAAUGCAACAAGCCCUUGCACUACACUUUGUCAUUUUAAUUAACUAGUACGAGCUAGUCUUUUUUAGUUUUUUUUUUUGUUUGAAUUUUCAUAUGCUUCUUUUCAUUCCAUUUUGAUCUCUUUCUUUUAGUCAUUUGAAACAUAACCAAACCCUCAUGCUUGCCGGAAAGAAAACCGCGAAUGCCGUUGGUGGCAAAACGGCAAGGGCUUGUGACAGCUGCGUACGAAAGCGGGCUCGAUGGUAUUGCGCUGCUGAUGAUGCUUUCCUUUGUCAAAGCUGUGACGCCUCGGUUCACUCAGCUAACCAAUUGGCUGGUCGGCAUGAGAGGGUCCUUCUAGAGACCGUGUCCAAGUCCUUUGGUUCAGGCGAGCCAUCGCCUGAACCAACUUGGCACCAAGGGUUCACCCGUCGUGCACGUACCCCAAGACAACGGACUAAAUAUUCUCCCAAGUUAGAAGGAAAGAACGAGGGAGCGAACUCCACGGCUGCUUUAGUUCCUGAGAUUGGCGUUUUAGAAGCAUCGUUGCUUGAUGAUGAGGAAGAAGAAGAACAAGAAGAACUUCUUUAUCGUGUUCCGGUCUAUGAUCCUUUCGAAACUGAGUUAUGUAAUGCUUCUAGUGAAAAAGAUAGGAGCUUGCCUUUUAUAGGGGAAGACAAGAAAGAAGAUGAAGCAUGUAAUUUGGAUGAUCUUCAAGGGUUUGAUCUCCCAAAUGAUGAUUUGGAGUUCUUGGAUUUUGCUGCCGAUGUUGAAAGCUUGUUAGGGAAGGGUUUUAAUGAUACAUCUUGCAGGAUUGAAGAUCUGGGGUUGACCAAUAGCUUUAAAGAUGAUGAAGAUAAUUCUAACUAUAUAGGAGUUUGCUUUGAUGAAAAUAGAGUGAAAGUUGAAGAUAAAGAAGUAGAAGCAAUGUUAGGUUUUGAUUUGGAUGCAACUAGGGAAACACUAGAUCAUUGGGACUUUGAUUAUGAUCAUACCUCCAUGAUGAUUAAAGAGGAGGAGAAGAAAGUGGUGGCGGGAGUCGAGUUGGAGCAUAUGACGAUGGUGUCAAACGAUCAUUGCGACAACAGGAAAAUGAAAACAUCGAGCAUUACUUUGAGGCUUAAUUAUGAAGAUGUGAUCAAUGCUUGGGCUGAUCAAGGCUCUCCUUGGACAAACGGAGCCCGACCAGAAAUCAAUCUUGAUGGUUCCUGGCCUGAUUUCAUGGGCUUUCAAUGGGCGGGAAAUAACAUUCCUUCAUACGGAGGCGUAGGAGGAAGCGAUGGAGGACGAGAAGCAAGAGUGUCAAGGUAUAGAGAGAAAAGAAGAACACGAUUGUUUUCAAAGAAGAUAAGAUACGAAGUGAGGAAGCUUAAUGCUGAGAAAAGGCCAAGAAUGAAAGGAAGAUUUGUGAAAAGAAACCUUUGAAAAACUUCUAGUUAAUUGCUCAACUAAUAUCAUCAAGAUUCAAAGUACAGUACUAGAUCCAUGAACAAAUAGGCUUUGUUCAUUAGUUUGUUGCUUUUCCACUACAAACCUUCAAAAUUUGAUUGUUUUCUUGGCAAGAGGGGGAAGGGGUAAUUAGCUGUUUGAUUUUUCUAGUUGUAUCAAGUAUAUAUGUGGUUUUGUUUCUCCUUUCAUGUGAUCUACGAUGUAUAUGAUUAUAUAUAGAAGCAUAUAUCGUUGCAGCUUGAGUUGAACUACUAAUGCAAA